AUGCCUUCACGCAGCAGCAGCAGCAGCAACCCCAGCGAGGACAUCAAGUUUAGCUGGAAGGAUCAGCUCUCACCGAGGCUCAUGGGGCUCCGGGGCUUCAGGCGGGCCUCGGAGUCGACAGCCAAGAUGAGAGAAUCGGAGAACAGGCAGUUCACCAUGAUGCACUUCCCCGACCGCCCCACCAGGAGGAUCACUGAGGCUGAGAUCCCCAGCGAGGAGGAGUGCAAGCAGUACCUCAUCCGGAUGAGGAAGGCUUCCUUUGCUGAGCAGCUCCAGCGCCGGAAGGAGGAGCAGCAGCAGCAGCAGUCUCCUCCUCCUCCUCCUCCUCCAGAGCCGCCGUUGCGGUCUACUUUUGGACCUUUUAAGGCUCCGUUUCUACCGCUUACACCCGCCCAGGAGGAGAACCCAUUCGAGCCCGGUGCUCAGGAUGACAACACAGCAACCGGAGACUUCCUCCGUGUCCCCGAUGAUACCGCUCGUAUUAGCAACAUCACCGAGGAGGGCUUCAAUCUAGCCAGGGAGAACUCACCUCAACCCGUCAUCAUCAGUGAGGCCAAGACGGUCAGACUCGAGCGUGUCGAAAACCUCUCUCCCAGAGGAAGCCCCGAUGCAUCGCCGACCUCGUCCCCACGGCUCACCGAGGUACCUCGGGAUUGGUCCAAGCGAAAGCAGUCGGUUCAGAUGGUUGCCAUCCAGCGAACACCUGACUUUCAGAAGAGGAAGCAAUCCGUUCAGACUGUUCUUAUUCGCCGACCUUCGCGGGCUGUUCAUGAUGCCCUCAACUCUCAUCCCGUGCACCCUCAUCUGCCUCCCAUCAACGUCCACAUCCGACAAGACAGCAGCUCAGACCUUCUCUGUAGGGUGUGUCAUGUCGGCCUCGCUGAGAACUCGGGCACCUGCUCAACUUGCGGUGAGGAGUACUCAGCCCCAACCAGUCCAUCGCAGUCUCACCAUGACCUCCCCGGCGCCAACUUCUCCCGACCUCAGUAUAAGCAGCCUCAGCCUAUCAAGAAGUACCACCGCCCUCCUCCGCUCAUCCCCCAGUCCCUCGAUACCAUCGCGAGCCUCCACCGCCCUUCAGCCUCUCUUACGUCCGACCCAGAGGCCAACCAGAUCUCGCCUCCACCCUCACCUCGAUCUCCCAGCAGCGCCUCACACCCGACCCAAAGGGUGUUGACGAUGGCCGAGGCUCCUCCGACACCUUUGUCAGCACUCCCCACGCCCGAGGUGCUGAAGCGAUUUCAGCAGGAGAUUGAGAGCAAGGCUAGGACUGAGGGCGGUUCCAUGUUUGACGAUCCCUGGAACGUCAGGCCGAUAGCCGAGGAGAGCAGUUCAUUCGAGGAUGCUUGGAAUAAGAAGACAAGCGGCACCGAGAGCGACGUCUACGAGGAUGACUGGGCCGACUACUACUUUGACGAGGGUAACUUUGACACCGGAAGACGCAAGCAGGCCAAGGUGACGACGCCAGAGGUGCAGGGUUUCAUGCAACGAGAAUUGAGCUUGGAUGAGUAUGACGGGGCAUUUGCCAGCCCUGUGAACCCGGGACCGGGUUGGAUAUAG